ACGCAGUCAAGUAGUCUGGCGGAUCAUAAGCGUGGACACACGGGGGACAAACCCCACGCGUGUGACAUGUGCGAGAAGCGAUUUACAAAAGCGAGUACUCUGGUUGCUCAUAAGAGAGUUCACACCGGAGAGAGGCCGUUCAAAUGCGAAGUUUGUGAGAAAGGAUUUUCUCAACCUAACGGUCUGAAAAAGCAUCGAAAAACUCACGACGCAGUGAAAUGUUUUGAUUGCGAGUUUUGCAAUAGACAAUUUUCAAGGUUGAGUAGUUUAGUUAACCACAAAAAGUGUCAUGACGCUAAAUUGAUGAAUAAUAGCCUGAAAAUACAUGAAUGUGAGUUUUGCCAGAAAACCUUUCCCAAAUCGACCACCCUGGCGGUGCAUAGGAGAGUGCAUACUGGUGAAAAGCCAUACGAAUGUGAUUUGUGCAAUAAAAGUUUUGCCCAGUUGAACGUGUUAAUCAAACAUAAACGCACGCACACGGGAGAGAAGCCGUAUCAAUGUGACGUUUGCGAAAAAAGGUUUGCGCAGUCGAGUACCUUAGUACGUCAUAAAAGAACACACACGGGGGAGAAGCCAUUCGAGUGUGAUCUUUGCAAAAAGUUAUUUGCGAGGCCAGAUUUUCUUUCAAGCCAUAAAAAAACAUGUGGAAAACAAACUAGGAAACAAACUGAGAAUGAGGUAAGAAAGAAAGUUAGGAAGAAGCGUAAAAAGAGAAAUGAAGAAGAUUUUUUGGAAGAAGAGGCUUUUGAAUGUGACAUUUGUGGCAAGUCGUUUUCAAAAAGCCGUCUUUUGACAAGACAUAAAAAAACUUGUGUGGAAGAGCAAACUGGGGGAUCUGAUGCACCCGAUGAAGAGGAUGUAGGAAUAAGAACUUUAAGGACACGAAAAAGAAGAAAAGAUACUUUUGAUGCACAAAUUGAAAUAUCUGCAAAGCCAAGAAGCUCAAAGAAGCGCAAAAGACGGGUGGAGGCUCGUCUAGAUGAAAGUACGUUUGAAUGCGAGGUUUGUGAGAAGUCGUUUUCAAGGUCGAGUCUUUUGAGAAAGCAUAGACAAGCGUGUCCGAAGGAGCAAAACGAAGAAUCUGAUGCGCGCAAGGUUUCUAAACGGAAAAUUGCAAAGAGACGGACUAUAGGAAAACAACUAAAACGUGGUCUUUCAACUAAGCGCAAACCAAAUUGCCCUAGAAAAAUGAGUAAUGAAUCUGAUGCACGCAGUAAAAGAAUUCUGAAACCCAGAAAUGCAAAAAAACGUAAAAAGGGAAGAGACGAGAGUCGACCCGAGAAAAAACAUUUCGAAUGUGAUGAUUGUCAGAAAAGAUUUUCGAGGUUGAGUAGUCUCGCUAAACAUAAGAAAACACACAUAAAGGAAAAAUCCCAUGAAUGUGAGGCUUGCAAAAAGAAAAAGAAUUUCUUGCAAUCAUUUGGUCUGGUGAAGCAUCAGGUUACGUCCACCCACGAGAAAUCUGUCGAGUGCGAUCAUGCCGGACCUAGCUGCCUUGACACCACAAAUAAACCGCACCCUGAAGAAAACCAUCAUGAGGAUUUAGGUGGCUGUGAAAGUCACGUUCAUUUAAGCGAUUUUGGAAUCCAUCCUGCAGAAAGUAAUAAUAAAGACAUGGUCAUAGAUGAUGAACAUGUUCACGCUAAAGAAACCCACCAUGACCAUUUAGAUGACAAUGCAAAAAGUGGCGAAGAAACCCAUCAUAAGCAAUUGGAUGGCUCUGGAAGUCACGAUGAUGAAACUGACAAUGAAGAAACCCGCCAUGCCCAUGGCCAUUCCGAUGACAGUGUAAAGGAUACUGAAAUAAACAAUGUUGAGCACAUGGAUGGUAUUGAAAUAGACUCUGCAGCAACCCGUGAGCAAUUGGGGGGAAAUAAAACCCAAGCCGAAGUAACUCGUCACGAAAACGUGACCUCAAAUCAAGUACAAUGCGAGGAAACAAAUUGCGAGCGUGAACGAGAAAUACACGCGAAAGAAACUCAUCAUGAGACCUUGGAUGAUGAUGAAAUUCUUGCAGAGGAGACCCAUCAAGAGCAUUUGGUUGAUACUGAAGUACACGCUCAGGAAACCCAUCGUGAGCACUUAUUUGAUGUUAAUACACCCUCUGAAGAAACCUAUAAUGACAAUUUAAAUGAUCAUGAAGUACAAGGUGAAGAGACCCGUCACGCUGAAGAAACACAUCAUGAGCACUUGAAUAAUGAUAAUAGUGAUGGUGAUAAGGAUGAUGAUCAUCAUCUUGAUGAUAAUGAUGGUGUUGAUGAUGAGGGUGAUGAUGAUAAUGAUGAUGUUGAUUAUGAUGAUGUUGAUGGAGAUAAUGAAGAUAAUGACGAUGGUGAUUAUGAAGAUGAUGUUUGCAUCAAGACAUCCCCAAACUUUACAAAAUUAAAAGAAAAAAGAUCGCACGAGUGCGACGAGUGCGAUAAGGUUUAUCGACGACCAAGUGCAUUAGCCGCUCAUAAAAUGAGCCACACUGGUGAAAAGCCAUACGAAUGCGACGUUUGUCAGAAACGACUUUCCCAAAUGCAAGGGUUGAUAAAACAUAAGAGAACGCACACGGGAGAAAAGCCAUUUGAAUGCGACGUCUGCAAGAAAACAUUUCUGCAAUCAAGCAAUUUACAAAAACAUUAUCGAACUCACACCGGAGACAAGCCUCAUGCAUGCGAUGUUUGCGAGAAACGAUUCUACGAUACAAGUGGCUUACGAAAACACAAAAGAACCCACACUGGUGAGAAACCUUACGAAUGCGAAUUUUGCAAGAAACGCUUUUCCCAAUCGAACGAUAUGGCUAAACAUAAGCGAACGCACACAGGAGACAAACCCUACGAAUGUGACGUUUGCAAAAGGCGAUUUGUUCAGUCGAGUAUUUUAAGCAGGCAUAAAAGAACACACACCGGGGAAAAGCCAUUUGAGUGUGACGUUUGCAAGAAAACCUUCUCGAAAGCACAUAACGUGUUGAGACAUAAGAAAACCCACAGCAGUGACAGACCUUAUGAAUGCGAAGUUUGCAAGAGGAGAUUUUUCAAGUCGACCGAUUUACUGAAGCAUCAAAGAACACAUGCAGCAGAUACAGGGGAAGGUGAACUAGAGCCAGGCUUCAUGGAUGCAACAAUGCUUACAGUGACUGAUUAUCGUAAUCAAAUGAAUUCCCCUGAAUUCAUGCUAGAGGAACUGUUUAAAGACCAGGAAUGUGUCGAAAAUCAAGCACAGGAAUCUAUCGAAGGAAAUUCUCAUCCUGUUGGGUCGAAUAUGGAGUUGUCAGAAUGUUCGAGCGCGUGUCUCGUUCCUCCCUUUGUGUCUGCGAAGGUCUUGUUAUCGAUUUGCGAGAAAUUGAAUUUUUUCGAAGGAUUCGAGCCGAAAUUCACGAUGAAAGUGAUAGUAUGUUUCGGAGAGGUGCGCAUUCUAGUUCCUUGCGAUGCAGCCGAAGAUAUGACAGUGAAAGAACUCAACGAAAUAGCUGUGACCAAAUUUAAGAAAGUCACCAACAAGAGCCCAGAUGAAGAGAUCAAGAUAUCCUAUCUUAAAACUCAAUCAGAAGGCGCAAUGGUUGACCCUGAUGACAAAGUUGCCAAUGUUGCUGAAGAUAAAGAAAUUUUCACAGCAGUUUUGGAAGAGCCUUUGCAAACACAGUUCCCUAUCAUUAACACAAGCAAUGGACAGCUUGUUCUGGCUGUAAUCAACAAUGAUGGCUCUCAAAGUACAGAUUCUAUUGUGAGCUCGCUUCAACUGGGCUCUGGUGGGAACCUGGCAAACCUCUCGCCAAUGUUUAGCAACGCAAUAAUGUCGAUGUUACAGCAGAGUAUGUCACAGCAACAACAAUUGCCAACAACUUCGUCAACUACAACAGUCACUCCAGUGAACACAACCGGCAAUGCCUCUCAACUUCCAGCCAUCACUCAAGGGAAUGAUGGUAACAACAUCUCUGACGAGGGUGAUGAUGGUGAGGAGUCUGAUGACAAGGAUGGCAAGAAGGAUUUCAGUUGUGAUCAGUGUGCCAAGAAAUUCACACAGUCCUGGAAAUUGCGUCAACAUUUAAUUGCUCACGCAAGACGUGACGAAAUGAAGAAAUACGAAUGUGAUAAGUGUGCUGCCUCGUUCAUUUCGGAGUGGCUGUUGCUUCGCCAUGCCAAAAUUCACACAGGUGCUACGAAGCCACGUUUUUGCCUGGUUUGCAACCGUGCGUUUAGAGGAUCAACUGACCUCAAAGUGCACAUGCGCACGCACACGGGUGAAAAACCUUUCAAAUGCGAAACGUGUGGAAAAGCCUUUGGCGACCGUUCGGCUCUCCGUCGGCACACGAUGACGCACACUGGUGAGAAGCCGCGGCCUUGCCCGCACUGCCCGCGCGCAUUCAGGCAGACCGCUCCGCUUAUCACCCACAUGCGUCAACGACAUAACAUCGACAUCCGACAUCGCUGUGACGUAUGCUAUAUGUCGUUCUGUGAGGACGAUCCAUAUGUACUUCAUAUGGCUUCUGUUCAUCACAGGACCAUCGCGUUAGAGGAGUUGAAAAAAGGCGAUGAGAGCAGUGGUCUUGAGAUGGAACAGCAAGAGCUUGAAAAUGAAGAUGGUACAGGUGUGGUUGAUGAUGGUGGUCACAUGGUUGAUGACGAUAGUCACAUGGUCGAUGAUAGUCUGGAAAAUGGUGCAGUAAAACAUACUAUGGUCAGCAACGCACAUCUUGUUCAACAUUGUGAUGAAGAUAGUGCUGAAAACAAAGACACUGAAAACAGGGAACAAGUUGCGGCCGAGAGAAGCCUACAUGAUGCAUACAUCACUGAAUCUGGUGACGGAGAGCAGGCCGAAGCAAUCACCAUCACAGCUGUUGCGGCCGGGCAAGAUGGCCAAGAAAUAGUUUUACCUGCUGAUCUGGUUGUUGCACACCAGCUUAUUGCUGUACAACAAUCAAGCAUGGAUGUAUAGCAAAAUUUCUCAUGUCAAACACCUGUUUUGACUGGUGCUUUAAUUAAUACUUGAAUGAGUAGCAAUAGAUUAUGGUAUCGUUAUAUGACUUGUCCAUGUCAUGUUAACACGAGCAGUUACUGUCAUUCUGUCAACAUUGUGAUUUAAACUUUUAUAUAAAUAAACGAGGUAAAA